AUGCUGGAGAAUAUGUCCAAACGGAACCGCUCCCUGCUGUCGCUCUUCCUCACCUCUCUGGCCCUCACCCUCUCCGUCUUGGCGUUCUGCACCUCCUACUGGUGUGUGGGCACGCACAAGGUGGUGAAGCCGCUCUGCUUGUCGCCCGUCAAGAUGAAGAACUGCGGGCAGAACAACAGUCAGCCUUACACGACAGAGGCCCCGACUCCAGACCCGAGGAACCCGCCCUCCAACGUGACGCUCAACCCGCAGCAGAAGGAGGAGCUGGCGAGGAUAAAGAAGAAGCAGCUGGCCAACGCCGUGCACUACAUCUGGGAGACGGGCGAGGACAAGUACAUGCUGAGAUACUUCCACACCGGCUUCUGGCUGUCCUGUGAGAAGCACAACGAAGGAAGUGAUCAGGAAGAGAAGUGUCGCAGCUUCAUUGAGCUGACGCCAGGAGAGACACAAGGUGUGCUCUGGCUUUCAGUCAUCAGUGAGUUCAUGUACAUCGGUCUCCUGGCCAUGGGCUUCCUGCUGAUGUGGGUUGAAGCCAUUUGCCUCUGUGCUAAGAGGGAGAUGAACGCCCUCAAGAUCAACGCCUUCGCUGCCAUGUGCACCGUCCUCUCAGGUUUGAUGGGGAUGAUGGCACACAUGAUGUACACCACAGUUUUUCAGAUGACCGUCAGCAUCGGGCCUAAAGACUGGCGGCCACAGGAGUGGGACUAUGGAUGGUCUUUUGCCAUGGCGUGGCUCUCGUUUAGCUGCUGCAUGGCCGCCGCUGUAGCCACGCUCAACUCCUACACCAAGACCCUCAUCGAGAUGAAGCACCGCGCCCGGGUGAGGCUUGAGGAGGCCCGUGCUGCUGCCCAAGCCCCGUCUUAUGAGGAGGUUGUUCGUGGUAGUAGCGGAGGGGUUUACUCUGUCAGUCAGCUGAUCCAGCUUGGCCAGCAGGGAGUGCUCAUGGACCCACUUUGGCCCAGAGGAGUGGGACCAGCAGUGGGACCUCUGUGCAGGCUGGUGGACCAUCAUGGUGUGGUGGUAAUGGAGGGAUGCGGCGCUGAGGGAUGUGAAGACUGUGAACGGGAGAUGGAUGAGAUGGAUUACGCUCUGCAGGACGAGCGAGAGGGGGAGCUCUGCUGAAAGACAAACACCUCGUCUGUAUCAGCUUUAAGAUAAUCAUCUGAGCCGUGCAAGACUUUGAACACACCACCUCAAACAUUUGGGGAUGUUUUUUGUUUAUAUGCACACUCAAAUGAUCAAAGCAUGGCAAUAACUGUGCAUGUUUUCAAGAUUGCAGUAAUAGCUUCCAAUCAUUUCAAGAUAUUUCAUUUGAUUUCUUUACCACUGGGAGGAAGGAAGACUAAAAUCAAGAUAAAACAACUUAGACAAUCACACCUCUGAUUUCUCUGAUGGGUUUAUCACACUGCAGAAUCAUUAUCAUCAUGAUCAUCCCAUGGCAAUCAUCUUUCUGGUUAACAGAUGCCCAUUGAACCCAACUGUGUCCUCUCUCUUUUAAACUUUUCUUUGGUCUACAUCAAGAGAGUUGGGUAGCACACCACUGGAAAUUGGAAUUUAUUUAUUAUAGGAUACCCCCUUGAGAUGCAGCAUCUCGUUUUCAAGGGGGUCCCAAAAGAACACAAAGCAAAU